AUGGAAAGAGUCAACAGCACACUGUUGACUGAGUUCAUCCUGACUGGAAUUCCCUACCCAAUAAGGCUAAGAAUGUUUCUUUUUGUCUUCUUUUUGCUCAUCUACAUCCUGACUCAGCUGGGGAACCUACUUAUUUUAAUCACUGUCUGGGUAGACCCACAGCUCCAUGCCCGCCCCAUGUACAUCUUUCUCGGUGUUCUCUCCAUCAUUGAUAUGGGUAUCUCCUCCAUCAUUGUCCCUCGCCUCAUGAUGAACUUUACUGUAGGGAUAAAACCCAUUCCCUUUGGUGGCUGUGUGGCCCAACUCUAUUUUUAUCACUUUCUGGGUAGCACCCAGUGCUUCCUUUACACACUGAUGGCCUAUGACAGGUACUUGGCAAUAUGCCGGCCCCUGCACUACCCUGUUCUCAUGACUCCUAAGCUGAGCACCUUGCUUGUAGUUGGAGCUUGGAUGGCCGGGUCCAUCCAUGGGGCUCUUCAGGCAAUCUUAACUUUCCGCUUGCCUUACUGUGGGCCCAACCAAGUGGACUACUUCUUCUGCGACAUCCCUGCGGUAUUGAGACUGGCCUGUGCAGAUACAAAAGUCAACGAGCUGGUGACCUUUGUGGACAUUGGGCUGGUGGUUGCCAGUUGCUUCUCUCUGAUCAUCCUAUCUUACAGACAGAUCAUUCAGGCCAUCCUAAGAAUCCACACAGCUGAUGGGCGGCGCCGGGCCUUUUCAACCUGUGGAGCUCACAUAACUGUGGUCACUGUGUAUUAUGUGCCCUGUGCCUUCAUCUACCUGAGGCCUGGAACUAACAGCCCCCUGGGUGGAGCAGCUGCCCUAUUCCCCACAGCCAUCACUCCUUUCCUCAACCCUCUUAUCUACACUCUGCGGAAUCAAGAGGUGAAGUUUGCCCUAAAGAGAAUGAUAAGAGGCCCAGAGACUAAGAGUAAAGUUUGA